UACUCAACAAUCUACAACACCAUCUUCAAGAGAAACUCCAUCUUUGUCGGUACCAUCUUUGCCGGUGCAUUUGUCUUCCAACCAGUGUUCGACUCUGGUGUUACCAGAUGGUACGAGUACCACAACAGAGGCAAGUUGUGGAAGGACAUCAAGGGCAAGUACGUUGGUGGCGGAGAUGACGAGGAGGAG